AUGGGCUACACCGAGGGUCCCGCGUCUGCUGCAGACACAGCCCGGCCCCUCCAGCCCUGGCACCCUAUCCACCUGUCCCCCAAGCUCACAGCCCCAGCCACAGGGGCAGCAUGCGGCCAGCAGCCCCGGGGGUGCAGGGCCCCUCCAGUGAACCCCUCACCUCCCCCCCGGCUGCUCCUGCUCUGGGGGCUCCCCGAGCGACACCCCUCUGGGCACCAGUGGGGAGACACCGUCCUUGUGGCGAGGAUCCAGAGCAGUCACACCACUGCCCCCACCUCAGGGCCCAGCCUGCUGACCACGGUGCUCCUCACCCGGGUGCCAAACGGAGUGCCGGGGGGAGAGGGGGCCCCAGCUCUGUGGAGCCCGGAGCUGAGCAUCGACACCCCAGAGUCAUGGCCGGUGGCUGGGGCAGGACCCGAGAGCCCAGUCCCCAGAGGAGCAGCGGCCUCAGAACCACCAGGGCGGCUGGUGGCCGGCCGCCCCCAAGAGCUGGGUCAUGGGCAGCACCCACGCCCAGUCCGGGAGCCCGAGUCCCUGGGCCACGGCUGGGCCAGACAGCGUGACCCCGAGGCCCAGGGCCCGGCUGACCAGCUUCUGUGCAAGAACCGCACGGGCCCUGGAAACAGCAGGCCCCCGAGCCUCUGA